AUGGAUCGGCGGAAAAUUUUCGAUAGGCAGAACAGCUCUUCGGAGACGCCGACGACGCCGUCCUCACCGGUGAUGAUAUCUCCACUGAACCGCCACGCACGUGCAGGUUCCACUGGCUCUGCCAUCAAUAGUGUCAGGAGAACGCAGAACAACAACGCCACCAAAGCCGCCGCUCAGAGACUCGCACAGGUUAUGUCGCAUCAAACGGACGAUGAGGACGACGACGACGACGUUCCUCUUGACUAUUCCUCGCUUAGUAGCGCCGGAGGUAUUGGCCUCGGCGGUGGAAGGCCAAUGCCAUCUCGCUCUCCCAUGACAGUUCGGAGCGUUCAGGACCAAACUACAUCUGCAAGAUCGCGGUCACCAUUAUCAGUUCGCCCUGCUGCAGAACAAUCUCCAGCUACACGAUCACGUUCCCCAGCGUCAGUUCGCACCGUUCAAGAACAACCGCCAUCUGCUAGAUCACGUUCCCCAGCGUCAGUACGAACUGUUCAAGAACAACCACAAUCUGUAAGAAACAUAUCGAGUGUUAGAUCAUCUUCCUCUGCAAAUGCUCCCGAGCAACCUCCACCUCGAACGCCUACGCUGGUCAAUGCGGCGGAGCAACAACCACCAUCUGCUCGUUCAACAACGGCAAAUCGAACUCUGGACUUUUCUCCCUCCACUCGCACUACGAUAACGACUCGGUCGUCUCAACCCAGUAGUGCGAACAAUGAUCAACCUCCCUCUGCUCGCGCAAUGUCAGUCCGUCCCGGUGGACUUACUAAAGUGGUUCCCAUGGUGCCGCCUAGUGUACCUAUUACCCUCAAGCCGACCUCUUCUGGUGUUGUUCCUCCCCCUGAGCCCCAUCUUGAUAUUAGAAAAGACAGAAGAUUGUCACUUGAUCUUGGUAGUAUGAAAGUAAGAGAAAAUGCCAAUCAGCAGCAGCGACCUACUAGUGAGCUUGAGGAUGAGCUUGAUAUGCUACAAGAAGAAAACGACAAUUUGGUCGAAAAGCUUCGACUUGCAGAGGAGAGGUGUGAGGAAGCUGAAUCAAGAGUUAGGCAACUAGAACAGCAGGUUGCUAAUCUUGGAGAAGGUGUAACUUUGGAGGCUCGUCUUUUAAGCAGAAAGGAGGCAGCACUGCAGCAAAGAGAGGCUGCUCUGAGAAUUGCUUCAAAGAAUCAUGGAGGUUUUCAAGCAUCGGUUCAGACGGAUGCUGAGAGUGCAAGGGAGGAAGCGGCGUCUGCAUUGGAGAAACUACGGCUUAUGACUCAACGAGUGAUACUUACCCGGGAAGAAAUGGAAGAGGUUACUUUAAAGCGGUGUUGGCUAGCUCGGUAUUGGGGUUUAUGCGUUCAACAUGGUAUUCAUGCUGAUAUUGCUGAAACAAAAUACAAAUACUGGUCUAUGUUCGCCCCAAAUCCGGUUGAAGUUGUACUAGCCGCAGGAGAGAAAGCUAAAGAGGAAUCAGGAGGUAACGUUAAUUGCACCAGUUUUUUUUCUUGUUUUAAAGAUCACCGCGACCUGAAGGAACUUUCUGGAGAGGGAAAUAUUGAGAACAUGCUUUUUGUCGAGCAAGGUUUGCGGCAAUUGGCUUCACUAAAGGUAGAAGAAGCAUUGGCAGUUGCAUUGGCCCAACAUAGGCGACCAAAUGUACUGAAAACUGGUUUUUCAGAUGACCUAAAACUACCAAUCGAAGGGCAGUGUGAUGCAUUUGAAUUGAGCCAGGAGGAGGCUGAAGAUGUAUCUUUUAAGCAGGCUUGGCUUACUUAUGUUUGGAGGAGGGCAAAAAGGCGUCAAAUAGAACCAGACAUAGCAGAUGAGCGUUUGCAUUACUGGAUCAAUCAUAACUCUACGACACCUACCUCACAAGACGCAGUUGAUGUUGAGCGUGGACUUGCAGAGAUCAAGAAGUUGGGUAUUGAAACCCAGCUGUGGGAUGAAUCUCGUAGUGAAUUGGAGCAGCAUCUUGACAAUUCCCAAUUGCCCGGUCGUUCUGACUUUUGA